CAAUCGGGUUGGUAAAUCAAACCUUAAGCUGUUAUUAAUAUAGUACUAUAUAAAUGACAACUCGAUGGCCUUCUCUUAACCACAUAACAUUUAUUUCAUGGUAGAGAUGGCGUUAACAGAGAAAUAUUAUUCCAUAUUUCGUAAGCUAUGCAGCUUAACUCAAAGCAAGAACAAAGCCAAUAACAAAGUCGAUGUUUCAUCCAAACCAAACAUCAACAUGCCUGAACAAACAUGUUGUGAUGAUCAUGAUCAUGUUUUUUGCAACCCUUCUGCAGAGUUCUCCUUUGAGAUGUUAGUAGAGAGGGGCAUGCCUUGUUAUGAACCGGUUGAAGAAAAACUGUGUUGGUUGCGAUCCCAAAUCAUAGGAAACGAUGCAGAGUUCAACGGUCCAUUUGGAAGACGAAAGCUUGUGUAUGCUGAUCACACGGCAUCAGGUCGUAGCCUCCACUUCAUUGAAAACUUCAUCACCAAUCAUGUUCUGCCUUUUUACGGAAAUACCCACACUAGUGACAGUUAUGUUGGAAGAAGAACAACAAAGAUACUAAACCAAGCGAGUGAAUACAUCAAGAAGCGCUUAGGCGGUGGAGAACACGACGCGCUCAUAUUUUGUGGCUCCGGCACAACCGCCACCAUCAAAAGGCUACAAGAAGUGAUGGGAAUCGCCGUGCCCUCUAUCAUGAGAGAAAUAGUCCUAAAAAACCUCAACAAAGAAGAGAGAUGGGUGGUUUUUGUGGGACCUCACGAGCACCAUUCCAACCUCCUUUCGUGGAGGCAAAGCUUGGCUGAGGUGGUGGAGAUAGGUCAAGAUAGCCAAGGGUUGCUUGACAUCGAUGCUCUGAAACUGCAACUGGGAGCUUAUAAACAUACUAAUCAGCCACUUUUAGGGUCUUUCUCUGCUUGUAGCAAUGUCACUGGAAUCUACUCAAAUACACGAGCUAUUGCGAGGCUUCUUCAUCAAUAUAGAGGAUAUGCAUGCUUUGAUUUCGCAGCAAGUGGACCAUACGUGGAGAUUGACAUGAGAUCAGGUCAAAUGGAUGGCUAUGAUGCUGUAUUUCUAAGUCCACACAAGUUUGUUGGUGGUCCUGACUCUCCUGGAAUACUCUUGAUGAGCAAGGUUCUGUACCAGUUAAGAUCUUCACCACCAUCGACCUGUGGAGGUGGAACUGUGAAUUAUGUCAAUGGCUUCAAUGAAAAGGAUACAUUGUACUUGGAGAACAUAGAAGAAAGGGAAAAUGGGGGCACACCUCCAAUAAUCCAAACAGUGAGAGCAGCAUUGGCAUUUGCAGUGAAAGAUUACAUCACUUGCAAAGAGAUUGAAAAACGGGAAGAUCUAUACAUUAACAAGGCACUUAAGAGACUAACUGCUUCCAACCCAAACAUUGAGAUUUUGGGCAACAUAACCACAAAAAGACAAGCUAUUUUGUCAUUUGUCAUUUAUUCUACCACCAAUUCUUCAUCACCUAACAAAAGAGGCAAGCUACUUCAUGGCCCUUUUGUUGCAACAUUGCUAAAUGAUCUCUUUGGGAUUCAAGCUAGAGGUGGGUGUGCUUGUGCUGGACCUUAUGGCCAUCUAUUGCUCAACAUCAAUGAAUCUCAAUCACUUGCUGUUAGAUCAGCAAUUCAAGAGGGCUAUGUUGGAGCAAAACCUGGAUGGACCCGAGUUAGUUUCCCUUAUUACAUGGAAGAGGAGGAUUUUGAGUUCAUCUUAACAGCUAUAGAGUUUAUAGCUAUCUAUGGCCAACAAUUCCUUCCCCUGUACGACUUCAAUUUGAGAAAUGGCAGUUGGAGAAUAAAGACAAUGGAACUUGAGGCUUUAACCAAGGAAAUUAUCAACUGCAACAUUAAUGAGGAAACAAACAGUGACUUGAAAGAAUACACUGAAUAUAAUGUCAAGGUUAAACAUGAUGGAAGAUUGAGAAGGAAAUCAUACUUAGGGUGUGUUUGGUUCGCCAGAGGAAGAAAUAUGUCAUCUGUAGCUUCUGAGCAAGUGGAUGAUUGGGGAUCCUACAACGCAAAAGCAAACACACUCUUACUAGCUAAGUUUAUUGCUAGUUGCAUCCCUAACCUCCCUUAUCAAUGCAUGGUCCAGGAAGAUGUAGAUCCUAGUAUCCUCCAUUUUCUAGUUUAGUUAUCUGGUUAAACACUUUUGUUCUCUUAUCUUCUUAUUUUAAAGUAUUAUGAGAAAAUGUAAUUAGAAUAUUUUUUUGGGAAAUAUGAGUGGAUUGACGUCAUGGGGUGGUUGAGAGUGAAAUUUAUGGCCCCGUUUGAAAUGUUGUAUAGUAUUAGGUGUGAUAGGACUAGUCCAUCCUGAUCAUAGUAUUUGAUCUGAUAGGAUAAGACAUGAUAAUAAAUUAAUACAAUACAACGUUUAGUCAUA